AUGCAGCAGAACGACUAUUUUGUCUUAUAUACAAUGCUGAUGAUUGUUGGUCAUGCUGAAUCACAAAGUUUACAACCACCAACGCGCUUUGAAUUACAACUAUUCGGCACAUCAUUCAUUCCUGCUAACAUAAUCGAAACAUUUGAUUAUGAUACAAAAUCAUUUCAAUGUCGAUUAUUUGAGAGUAAGUGGGGUAUCAUUCGAAUGAAAUCACAGGGCAUACAUAGGAAACACCCCUGUCAACUACCAGCUCUACUAGUACAACAUCAACUACAACCACGACAACCAGCAGCACUACCUCUACAAGUAAUUCCACUUCGACAACCACAUCGUCGACAACGACAACAACAACAACUUCGACCACGACAUCCACUACUACUACAACAACAACGACGACGACAGAUAUGUCGACAACUACUACCUCGAGCACUACGUCCAGUACAACCAGUACGAUCACUACGACCACAGCCACAAGUACCAGCACUUCAACCACGAAGACUACAACUACAUCCACCACCACGACAUCGACAACAACAACAACGAGCACUACAUUCACCACUACCACCACUACAUCGACAACAACAACAACAACAACGAGCAGAAUUUCUUGCAAGCUUUCGACUUUAUUGGCUAGCUCAGACACUAGCACGCCAUGCAGAAGAAAUCAUCAAAUUUACUGUGUCUCUAUCUCAAGAACGACUGUUGCCACUAACAGCGUUAUUAAUUCUGUGGAAUAAAAGCUAG